GAAAAACAAACAAAGGAAGCCCUGACUCGAAAACAGCAGAAAUGCCGACGGAAAAACCAGGAUGAAGAAUCCCAGGAAACCCCUGAGCUCCUGAAGCGCCCCAAGGAGUACACGGUGCGCUUUACCUUCCCAGACCCGCCACCACUCAGCCCUCCUGUGCUGGGUCUGCAUGGUGUGACUUUUGGCUAUGAGGGGCAGAAACCACUCUUUAAGAACCUGGAUUUUGGCAUCGACAUGGACUCUAGGAUCUGCAUUGUGGGCCCUAAUGGCGUUGGGAAGAGCACACUACUCCUGCUGCUGACAGGCAAGCUCACGCCGACCCGUGGGGAAAUGAGAAAGAACCACCGGCUGAAAAUUGGCUUCUUCAACCAGCAGUAUGCAGAGCAGCUGCACAUGGAGGAGACACCCACUGAAUACCUGCAGCGGAGCUUCAACCUGCCCUACCAGGAUGCUCGAAAGUGCCUAGGCCGCUUUGGCCUUGAGAGUCAUGCACAUACCAUCCAGAUCUGCAAACUCUCAGGUGGACAAAAAGCCCGCGUUGUGUUUGCAGAGCUGGCUUGUCGGGAGCCUGAUGUCCUCAUCUUGGAUGAGCCAACCAAUAACUUGGACAUAGAGUCUAUUGAUGCUCUAGGGGAGGCCAUCAAUGAAUACAAGGGUGCUGUGAUUGUUGUCAGCCAUGAUGCCCGACUCAUCACAGAAACCAACUGCCAGCUGUGGGUGGUGGAGGAGCAGAGCGUUAGCCAAAUUGAUGGUGACUUUGAGGACUACAAGCGAGAGGUGUUGGAGGCUCUGGGUGAAGUCAUGGUCAACCGACCUCGAGAAUGAGUUCUCCCUCUUGGAAGUCUCCCAAGAGACAAGUUCACGUGGCCUACAGGUCCCCUGUCAUCUCCCCUUCUCCACUCGGAAAUCUCCCUCUGGUCUGCAGCUGAACCCGCAACUACUUAGACACAUGGAGGUGGAGUGUUGAGCAUUGAUGUGACCAGAAUACCACUUAGAUUGCUUCCUUCCCUCUGAAAGACUUACGUAUUCCACUUUUCUUCAGAUAACUGAGCUGGCCUUGCCCUCAACAUCCCUCUGUACAAACAGAGGUGACUUUCAUUGUGGGGUUCCCUCCGGCCAAACUUAGGUGACUCCUUUGUCUUGAGACUCAUCACUCAGAAGACUGCCUCUGGUCCAUUUAAAGCUUCAGGCCCAGUUACCUCCGAGUCUUUGAGUGGUGCUCUUCUUUUCUGGUGGGUUUAGUGCUGACUUACUGACACAAACAACCACUGAACCUCAGAGCUGGAGGCGAGUGUCUGAGGCCUGUGCUGUUACCCAGCCCAAGACCAGGUAACUGUGGUUGCUUGUCUGGUUGGGGACUUGAGGGCAGGAAAGGAAAGCUGCUGAACUUGAAUCUCCUAUUACAAAGGGAAGAAAUAAAAGGAGUUGCUGC